ACUGUCUGCUGGGGCACUGUGAAUGUGUGUGUGUGUCUGUGGAUGUGUGUGUGUGUGAGUGAGUGAGUGUGUGUGUGCUGCAGAGUGUGUGCGUGAGGAGACUUGAAGAGAGACUGCAGAGGAGGACAGCAGUGGCUUCUUGGAGUAAGUUUGUUCUCUGACAGAGAGAAAGUUAAGGGAAGUGAAGAUGAUGAUGGUGAUGGGCUUCCCUCAGCCUCUGUGGGCUCAGGUGAGCCCCGGGCUCCAGACUGAGUGCUAGCCAUGUUGCAGUCAUCCGAGCCGACUUCCAGCACCCUGCAGCUGGUUGCCAAUGAUAUGAGUGGCAUAAUGGAGAAGCUGGACACCCGCGAGCUUGACCUGGAAGAUGGAGAGUACGACACAACCGACGCCCAUGACUCAGGCGAGCGUUUGCCCUUCACUGCUAUCUACCACACGGUUGGUUUCAAGGAGUCCGAGGCCAAAGUCUUCCUGACCUCUCCGAUCACCGCCAAGAUCCUGGAGGUAGAGCGUUUCACCUCGGCUCAGGACCGCUUUAACCAAACCACACAGAGGAGCGUCAACAAGUCAAUGCCGGCGGUGUUUAAGAUCGAGCUGAAACAUGGGGAGUUUACAUGGCUGGUGAAGAGGAAAGAGAAACACUUCAUGGAUCUCCACAAAGAGCUGAGGACAUACAAGGCCCUCCUGAGGCUGCCCCUGCCGACACGCAGUCACACAAUAAAGAGGCAGGGGGUGACGAGGAAUGAGGCAAGGCAGAUGCCGAAUCUCCCGAGAGGAGGAGGGGAUGAGCUGGGCAGAGAGGAGCAAGUUUCUAGUCGCAGGAAACAACUGGAAGAUUACUUGAACAAGCUACUAAAGAUGCCAACGUACAGGAACUUCCAUGCAACGAUGGAGUUUAUUGAUGUUAGCCAGCUGUCGUUUAUCCAUGACCUGGGACCAAAAGGCCUGGAAGGAAUGGUGCUGAAGCGAUCUGGUGGCCAUCGAAUCCCUGGGAUGAACUGCUGUGGUCGCAGCAAAAUGUGCUACCGCUGGUCGAAACGCUGGCUGGUGGUGAAGGACUCAUUCUUGCUGUACAUGAAGCCAGAUUCAGGCGCCAUUUCUUUUGUGAUGUUGUUCGACAAAGAGUUCAGCAUCAAGAUGGACUCCAGAGACACAGAGACCAAACACGGUGUUCGCAUCGACAGUCUGUCCAGAUCACUGGUGCUAAAAUGCAGCAGCUACAGACACGCCCGCUGGUGGGGUCAGGCCAUUGAGGGCCUUGCCCAGAAGCAUGGCUCAGCCUUCCUUAAGGACCACCGCUUUGGAUCCUUUGCUAGAGAAGAAGUGAACAUCCUCACCAAAUGGUAUGUGAAUGGAAAAACAUAUAUGGAGGACGUGGCCGAUGCUCUUGAAGAAGCCAAAGAGGAAAUAUUUAUCACAGACUGGUGGUUGAGUCCUGAGAUCUUCCUGAAGAGGCCAGUUGUUGAGGGCAACCGCUGGCGCCUGGACUGCAUACUGAAACGCAAAGCGCAACAAGGAGUAAAAAUCUUUGUGAUGCUGUACAAGGAGGUGGAGUUAGCUCUGGGCAUCAACUCAGGAUACAGCAAGAGGACGCUGCUGCACCUCCACCCCAACAUCAAGGUGAUGCGCCACCCAGACCACGUCUCCUCGUCUGUCUACCUUUGGGCACAUCACGAGAAGAUUAUCAUUAUUGACCAAUCAGUGGCCUUUGUUGGUGGAAUUGACCUGGCGUACGGUCGUUGGGACGACAGGGAACACCGGCUGACGGACGUUGGGAGUGUAACACGCUCACACUUGGAGCAGGCUGAAACUGCCUCCUCCAGCAUGGCUGCCCGAGCUAACGGCAGCGGUGCUAUUUCCCAGAGCAAUGGGAAAGGCAUUUUUACAGUGAUGGACUCGGGGGACCAGCCUAAGCUGAAGGGUCAGAGGAGGACGAGGAGGAACAGGUUCAGCAUCAAGAGACACCUGCAGAAACACGGGCUGGCUCAUGCUGACAGUGACAGCGACAGUGACCUGGAGAACGAAGAGAGAAGUGGCUCAGUGCGUAGUCUACAAACGGGAGUCGGGGAGCUCUUUGGAAACACACGAUUCUGGCAUGGAAAAGACUACUGCAACUUUGUGUACAAGGACUGGAUUCAGCUGGACAAACCAUUUGAUGAUUUCAUAGACAGACACACAACUCCCAGAAUGCCUUGGCACGACAUCUCCUCUGUGGUUCAUGGGAAAGCAGCUCGAGAUGUGGCCAGACACUUCAUCCAGCGGUGGAACUUCACCAAGCUUGUGAAGCCAAAGUACCGUUCUCUGUCGUACCCGUACCUGCUGCCCAAGUCUCACACCACAGCUGGAGAGCAGCGAUACCAAGUCCCCAACUGCAUCCCCACAAAAGUACAGAUCCUCCGCUCAGCCUCUGACUGGUCCGCUGGCAUCAAAUACCAUGAGGAGUCCAUCCAUAAUGCCUAUAUCCACACCAUCCAGAACAGCAAACACUUCAUCUACAUAGAGAAUCAGUUCUUCAUCAGCUGUGCAGACAACAGACAUGUUUUCAACAAGAUCGGAGACGCUAUUGCCGAGCGCAUCAUCAGAGCACACAGGGAGGGUAAAAGGUACCGAGUGUACGUGGUGACGCCUCUGCUGCCAGGAUUUGAAGGAGACAUCAAAACUGGAGGGGGCAGCGCCCUCCAGGCCAUCAUGCACUUCAACUACAGGACCAUGAACAGAGGAGACCACUCCAUCAUCUCCCAGGUCAGGAGAGAGAUGGGAGACCAGUGGAUGAACUACAUCUCCAUCACUGGUUUGAGGACUCAUGCUGAGCUGGAGGGGAAGCUGGUCACCGAGCUCAUCUACGUCCACAGCAAGAUGCUCAUUGCUGACGACAACACUGUUAUAAUCGGUUCUGCCAACAUCAACGACAGGAGCAUGCUGGGAAAGAGGGACAGCGAGGUGGCGGUGAUCGUGGAGGACUCAGAGACAGUGACGGCAGUGAUGGACGGGCAGCCUUAUCAAGCCGGAAAAUACGCUCUGCAGCUCCGCCUCGAAUGCUUCAAGACGAUUUUGGGUGCUCACACAGACCCCUCCAUUGACGUGUCAGAUCCUGUCAGUGACCACUUCUACAAGGAGGUCUGGAUGGCGACGUGUGCUCGCAACGCCACCAUUUACCAGAAGGUUUUCCGUUGUCUGCCGUCCAGUGACGUCCGUAAUAUCCUGGAGCUUGAGGGCUACCUGGCCAAAUCAGGCCUGGACAAGGAGGACCCAGCUCGGGCUCACGAGGAGCUGAAGAAGAUCCGUGGCUUUCUGGUCCAGUUUCCUCUUCAGUUCCUGUGCGAGCAGAACCUGCUUCCUCCCAUCGGCUCCAAGGAGGCCAUGGUGCCCAUGGAGGUCUGGACCUGAGACAGAGGGACUUACCUGUGCAUUCAUGUGUUCACACACAGCAUAUGGAAGGCUCACAAGGCUGACUCUGGUGCCAGAUUGGAGGUCAUAGUGGCUGAACACAGCUGAGCAGCCUUUUUAAAAUCAUGGCUGUUUUAGUGUUUUUUUACAGUUACAAAAAUAACUAACAACAGUAACUAAUAAUAACUUUCUUGUGGCUUGUAGUCACAGGUUUGCGAGCCGCCUAGGCAAUUGGUUUUCUCUUGCUUUGUGCGACAGUGGUUCCCAACCCCUGGUCUGUGGACUGUUAUUGAACAUGCGAGGAAACAAUGUGAUUUUGAAAAAAAAUGCUGAGUUAUAAUAAUCUUAUUAGGGUGUUUGUGCAGUUAAAACCUUGAACUCGGUGUAGUCUCUCUGUGCUGCAUCUUUCCGCAUCAGUCUGUCUCGCCCACAACAUUAUACUGGUUUGAUCUAUAAAAACAAAAACUUUGAGAGUUUAAAAGACGUGAGAAAAAUGUUGGCAACAUAUCUUCCUGCAAACCACGGAUACAUUACAUGUGUGCAUUAUUAUGUAGUGGAUAGGCUGAAACUCUACUUUCCAAUGUCUCUGUGGUUAACGUGUGGUUGGGUAAAGGCACAAAACCACUUGGCUAUAGUUAGUAAAAGAAAAAAAAAAUCAUGUUUUGGCUUAAAAUACCUUGUUUACGUGGCACUAUCCUGGUUGGAAACACAGCGAUGUCUUGGUAAAAACAUCCACUUUUUGUGGCACUACUGCUGCUGGAAACACAGCAACAGAUCGCUACAAAACACAUGAGUUCGGUGGCUAGAAAGCUGCUGGAAACACAAAAAUGACUCACUAAAACAUAAGUAAUGUUGUUGUUUGUUGGUCUAGAACAGUGGUCUGCAGCUUGGCAGGCGUCUCGCCUAGGUGUCACACCAUUCACCGUCCCUUCCAUCUCAUGAUAACAAAGUCAGUUCAUACACUACGUUACUUUAGAAAUAUUAACAUGAUAUGUAUGAAAUGUGCAAAUAUAUUAUUCGUGGUUUGCAGAAAAGUUCAAUGCCAACAUUUUCUUCCAGCGACUGGGCUGGAUAAAAUCCCAACAUAUGGCUAUAAUAUGCAAAUGUCUGACCUGCUUAGAGCCUUACUUUUAUUCCGAUUGUAAUAUGAAAAUUAUCCACAGAACAGAAAUGCCUGAAAACACCUGAUGUACUGGAUUGUUAAAGGAAAACUACAUUUUUUGGUUCUUUCACUUAGAUAACAUUGUACUGAAGGGAUGGGGGCAGCAUAUUUUAACAGGGCAACAAACAGGAGUAAACAGAUUGUAAACAAACCUCCAGGUUAUUUAAACGUACUUUGAGGAGAAAACAAAGGUGCCAGGUAAAAUGAUCACCCAGACUGUCUGUUUUUAACAUCCAGCACUGUUUAUAGACAGACUUUCAUCUGUAGUUGUGUGUAGUUUUCCUGAGGGCUGGCAGAUUAUUAUCAAUACUUGAGGUGUGCUCGCUCUCAGUUUGACUGCUCAAAUAGUGGUUUCAGAUAAACUGGAUAAUCUGGUUUCGUCUAUAGUUUGUCUGAUCAUCUGGCUGCUCAUGUUUACUUACUCAGACCUCUUUUUUUUGUGUCCACAUGCAUCGUGGAGAUUCAAAAAUAAAACUCAAGUUUUAAGAAAUGUAUAAGAUGGGGCAUCGGUGGCUUAGUGGUUUAGAGCACGCACCCCACGCAUAGAGGUGCUGCAGUGGCCGAGGCUCGACUCUGGCUUGCAGCCCCCCACUGUAAAACUGCACCCAGAGAUUAAAAUGUUCCCAUUAUUUAGGAGAGGAGAAUAAGAGACUGUUCACUGUUGUGUUCACUGCCUGAAUUUACAGCAUUUGCAGCCAAAAUGACCCCCAAAAUGGCAUCAGCUGUGGUUGUGAACAAAGCCUCUGUACCAGCAGUGCAACUAAAUGCACACAAAUAACAUCACACUUAGCACACAGACACAACAUCAUCAGAAAAACAAGGAGACUCUAAGAGUUGAUAUGCAACACAUACAGACACACACAUGUACAUGCAAACAUGGAGAGAAGUGGACCAGCAGACAGAGCGCUGCACUCUGCAGUGCCUGACAAUCCAGGCCUCAUGUUUACAGAAUAUAGAAGAAGAAGAAGAAGAAGAAACGGAAAAAAUAGAAGUGAUCGACUCUGAGGCCUGACACGCCUCUUCCUGCCCCCUCACCACCACCAAGCUAUUACUCUGUAAUCUCCUAAAAAAAACGGCUUCAUUCUCUAACACUAUGCAAUGUCCAGGGCCAGCGAACGCAGCUCUGACUCUUCUGUGUUGAGAGUAUGAAAGGGCACUAAAAUAAGAGACUUUUUAAUGAAGAAGACGGUGGUGCAGAAAAGAGGAUGAAGAGCUGCGUGGCGCUGUCACACCUCUACAGCCAUUUUGUCUCAUAUUGCCUUGCAUUUAAUAUUUAUGUCAAACAGGAAAUCACAAGUGCCAAAAAUGACAGACUGUAGCCUGUACAUACAUUCAUUUACAUUCCUCAUACUGUGGAUUCUACAUUAAGCCUUAAGUGACUGUUUUUUAUGCUCUGAUCUGGUCUUUGUAGUUCCUUUGGUUAUGCUUUAUGUUACUGGACUGUAAUUUCCUAAUAGCAAAGUUUUCUGGAAAGACUUCUGUGAUUUGGUACUAAUUACAUUAUAGAGAAAAUGGGAUCAUUUAUAAUUGGAAACUUGAUUCUCUAUUUUUUUUUUUUUUCCUGUAGACAAAUUUCCUCUUUGCAUGUUCAGCUGAACUGCUGUGCAUUGACUGAAGGACUAAGUGACACUUGUAGUGUAGUAGUGUUAUUCUUUUUUACAUAACCCACAGAUUCAUGCAUGAUAAACUUAUUACAAUGCUGCGUUUCAUUCAGUGUCAGGAUGUAAGAAUUCUUACUAGAAUACUUCACCUACAAAAUGACCAUUUGAAUAUCAAUUAUUCACCAUGUGGUACCCUGAAUUCCGGUGUAAUUCUGCAUUUAACAACAGCAAACCUUUAUCAAAACAUCAAUUUACAAAUUCUCACACAACUCCAAAUCCAAGGCUUCCCAACCAAUGCAUUUUAGCUAAAAUGUUACAAAAUAAAACACUUAGGCCUAUGAGUAACGUGCCGUGAGCAUGCUACUUGGCUGUGCAUUAGACUGUACUGGUGUGUUUUAAACAUAAUGUUUUAGCAGUUUUGGAUUGUUCGUUCUUCGUGGAGGUAUGUGAGAAAAAAAAAAAGUUGGGGGGCAUAACAUGCAGUGAGUAAUUAAAAUUCAGAUGGUCAUUUUGCAGGUAUUAUUUUCAGCAGCAGACAAAUUUUAUAUAAACAGGUGAUAAGAAUUUGUUAGGUAAAGUUUCGGCAGCUGUAUGUGCAAAUGCUAUUUCACCUUUAGCACCUUUGUUCUGCUGCCCCCAAGUGGCCAAAAUAAUCUGUUGUUGCAUGUUUAAGAUCUUGAGUAGUGCAGUUCUAAAGUUUUUUUAAAAUAAUUAAGUUUAAAAAACAAUUCAUUAAGUUAGAAACAAUGGUGUGCAUUGGAAUCUCUUUUGGAAACCUUGUGGCUGUACUCCCUUCUUGAAAUUCAAAUGCAGUCGUCUUUAGGUUUCCAAUUUUCCGACAUUUCUGGAACGCAGCAUCAAUAUUCCUCAGUGUCUUCAUCGUUGGUCUGUUAGUGAUCUGCAUGAUAGUGUUUUGUGCUGUAAAACAUGAAAUGAUUCGUGCAGCUGACAGCAUGACAACAGCAUGUUGCCGUUAAACAUUACAGACAAAAAGCAUGAACCCUGCAAGCUGUAUGGUUGCCUUUAAAGCCAUGGACAAUAUUGAUGCUAAACAGCGUGCCUGUCAACAACCUGAAGCUUCUCCACAGAUAAUAUUUAUGGAAAAUGGGACCUUAAAUGUGCUCUUCUUUUUAAUCUUCCUCUCUACCUCCCUGUGUUUCUACCUCCUGCUCCGAUGCAUGCUUCUAGUCUUUGUGAUGAAUUCAGAUUUUGAAAUAUCAGGAAUACUUUUAGCUACCCCCCUAAUUAAGCCAAGUAAUCUGAAAGGCAAAGCAGAUGUUUUACUUUUGGUGGUCUGUGCAAUACCGGGAUGCUUACAUCUAAAACGGAAAGUGUAAAGACUAUAAAAACUGAUUUCACCCUUCAGAAAUAGGGUAACAUCAUCAGCAAAGAUGUUGACUUGGAUGGAAAUAUUUUCUGUGUAUCCACAAAAAUGGCAUUUAAACCACAAAUGUGAAUGUAGGUAUUGUUAUUGAUUGGGACCACAGACAUACAGUGCACAUGAAUUCAUACCAGGUUUAAAUGCAGCUUGAAAUCUUCAGCAGUUGGCUCAUUUUCCUCACACCUGACCUGUCGAGGUUGAGAAACACUAACCUGUCCUGUCUUUUCUCUGUCUGGCUUUAAAUCACUGUCUCUCUAUGAAAAUGCACUAUUUGCACAGACUGUUGUUUUCUUGUGGCGACCCCUUAAGAUCUGCAGUACCACGUUAUUCAUGUGUCGCUUUUUGUGAAAUGAUGGAAUAAAAUAAAUGAUGUGAUAAUGAGUCAUUAAAAAAUGAUCUGGUCUUCA